GAGAAAUGGCGGCAGCGGCCAUAGCCGUUCAUCUCCCGAAACAUGCAUCGUUUCUUCCUAAUCCCAAGCUUCCAUUGAAUCAAAACUCUAGCUUUCUCGGUGUGUCCUUGAAGAUCGGUCGACCCAUGUCCGUUAACCGGAAAAUGAAAGGUCCGGUUACGGUCUCUGCUGCUUCGACGAGCAAGACAGUCGUUACAGAUGGCGAUAGAAGCAAACAGUUUUACAUAAACUUUACUGGCUUUCCAUUUCCUCUUGGUCCUUUCCUUAACCGGCGCACCAUCAGAACCGAGGCGGUAAAAGGUAGCAUAUGGAUGUUUGAACAAGAACAAGCUUUAGGUUUCAGCAGUGUCUCAACGAAUAUAAGAAUGACUGUCAUCAAACUCAAAUCCGGUGGUUUAUGGGUUCAUGCUCCCAUUGCUCCCACCAAAGAGUGUAUUCAGCUUAUUGAGGAGUUGGGAGCUCCGGUUGAGUACAUUGUCCUGCCAACUUUUGCUUACGAGCACAAGAUAUUCGUCGGUCCGUUCUCUAGAAAGUUCCCCAAGGCUCAAGUAUGGGUGGCGCCAAGACAAUGGAGCUGGCCACUGAACUUACCACUCGAGUUUUUCGGUAUCUUUCGCGCCAAAACCAUUAAAGACGGAGACUUAUCUACCCCGUGGGCUGAUGAGAUCGAGCAGAAAGUCUUAAGCUCUCCUGAAGUCGGAAUUGGACCGUAUGUGGAAGUAGCGUUCUACCAUAAGCGUUCAAGAACUCUACUAGUCACUGACGCUGUGAUCUUCGUCCCACGGAAGCCGCCGUCGAGUAUCAGCAGCGAGUCCUUGCUGGCCUCGGCUAAGAACGGACUGGCUGUGAAGAUACUUAGCAAAGGCAAACAAGUACCUAAUGACCCUGUCGUUGACACCCCAAACACCCGCCAAAAAGGAUGGGAAAGAAUGGUUCUGCAAAUCCUGUUUCUUGGUCCAUCUAAUCUCUUGGAGCCAAACGCGAGCUUUGCGCAAAUGUCACAGAAGCUGAUCGUUUCUCCCAUUGUCAAGACUCUGGUCUUUAGCAAAGUCCCUGAGAAAGUGAGGGAUUGGAUCGAUGAGAUAGCGAGUGACUGGAGAUUCAAGAGGAUAAUCCCAGCUCAUUUCGAGGCUCCGGUAAACGCAGGGAGGUCAGAGUUUCUAGCUGCGUUCGGGUUUCUUGAUGAUCUUCUAGGGGAGAGAUAUGUGAACCGUCCUCCUUCGCUCUCUAUUCUCUUCACUUCGCUGAUGGGUAAAGCGGCUAGCUAUUUUCCUCCGGAUGAUAUGAGGACUCUCUCUUCUCUUGAUCAGUUCUUAGUCUCUGUUGGUGCUGUUAAGAAGACCGUCUCUGGUAGAAAACGAAGAUGAUGGAACAAAUAGUAUUCAUCGUUAGUCUUAUAAAGAAUAUAGAAACGAUUCGGUCUUGUAAAGAGAUUUGAUUUUAUACUUUAUAAAAGAAACGUUCAACAACCCUUUUGAUCA